UCGAGGGCUCAUCAUUCUGUCUACGAACAAGAGGAAGGCAUUCGUGUGAAAGCGGCAGCAGCUUGCCAGUAGUGUUUAUGGACUUAAAUAACUGAAGUGUUAAAUAAGUUUUAAAACGUGGGGUUUAAAGAUGGUUUGUGGGGGCUUCACCUGUUCAAAGAAUGCUCUGUACUCCCUGAAUGUGGUUUAUAUGCUGGUGGGCCUGCUCCUCAUCGCCGUGGCAGCGUGGGGGAAAGGCUAUGGCACCGUCUCCAGCAUCCACAUCAUCGGUGGGGUGAUCGCCGUGGGCGUCUUCGUCCUCCUCAUCGCCGUCAUCGGACUCAUCACGGCCUCCAGCCACCACCAAGUCAUGCUCUUCUUCUACAUGCUCAUUCUGUUCCUGGUAUUCCUUUUCCAGUUUGGGGUGUCAUGCUCCUGUUUAGCCAUCAGCAUGGACCAGCAGGGGAAGCUGCUGAACACCUCAUGGAGCUACAUGGGCGAUGACACGAGGCAGAGUCUGGAGCAGCACCUGGAUUGCUGUGGCUUCCUCAACACCACCGCCAGCAUCGAGCAGUUCAAUAAGGACAUCAACGCCUGCACAGCCGAGUGUAAGGUGAAGAAGGAGUGUUCUUCCUGUGGAGACCUGAUGCUGCAGCACUCCGGCAAAGUCCUCAAAAUCCUGGGAGGGGUGGGACUGUUCUUCAGUUUCACACAGAUUUUUGGGGUGUGGCUUGCCAUGCGUUACAGGAACCAGAAAGACCCACGGUCCAAUCCCAGUGCUUUCCUAUAGGAGCUUCGCCCACAUGUGGCUAAAUGAGUCAAUGUUUACCAUGAAAACACUCUUACACACAAUCACUCACAAUCACUCACACACACACACACACACACACACACACACACACACACACACACACACACACACACACAGAGGGACUGGAUUUGCCAAUCUUAAAAAAGAAAACUGCAUUUGACGUACACACACAACUUCCUGUCACUCCUCCAUUCUAGUUAGCAGCAAGCUAACAGCAUAUACUGUUUAACCUGAACAGUGUUGAAUAGUUGAUCUCCCUUGGGCCCGUUAUCAGUUAGUCAUCAAGCCCUGCAUUAGUGAAGUCAGGCUACCUUAUUUAAACAUAGACCUACAAUAGCACAAAUUCAGCUCACCCACAAUCAACUUAAGUCUCAAGUCAAGCUCAGGUUUCUCAAACCACCAAUUAUUUUCGUCAGGCAACAUUCCCCAUUUCAUCACUUUGUAACUAUAGCCUUGAUGGGAAGAGGGAAGGAACAAACUGUGCCUACAAUAAACCAGAUAGGUUCCUCCCAUGGAUUUAGUAUAUAUCUGUCAUACACUUCCUUUCUGGCUCAUAGUCAUUCUAUGACACGGCUCUUGUUGCUUGUUGGUUUGUUUUGUCAGAUUUCUUUGUAAGAUAUUUUGUUAUCACUGACAAUCAAACUAGUUCAAGUUGUAAACUUCUGUGUAUGCAGUGCAUGUUUUUUUUUUUUUUUAAAUCAUGCCUUAUACGAUCUGAGUCUGGUGGUUCUCCCUCCCAUUGGAAUGCUCUUCAGGACGGCUAAGGUCACGUCGUGAUGAGACGUGUCAAAGAGCAUCUCUCCAGCACAGGAGACGGUCUGUAACAGUUCUCUGAAAGACACUCUGUUCACACAGGGCACCGUCUCUCCCAUCUGUCCCACUGUCCUGAGUGCUUGCUAGUUAAGAUACUGAGCUGCUACAAAGGGCUCUUUUGACUGUGGAGGAGAGAGAGAGAACUAAGCUUAGUUCCUGUGAAGCUCCUUCAUUCCACACAAUCAAUGUAGCCGCUACUAAAUUUAGUUCAAGCACGCGUAAUUGGGGUGCAGUGUUUUCGUGGUAUGGAUCAGAUAUGAGAAUGUGUUUCUCUUUUCUUCUUUUUUUUUUGUUAAAUAUGUAUUUAAAUGAUCAAUUCGGUACAAUUUAUACAUGCAUUUACUGCUGCCAAGAUAACAAACUAACAACUUUGUAUAAUUGAGGAAAUAUUGGUACAGAUUUUCUUUUUCAGUUAAGUAGGAUACAGAUAUUUAUAUCUUUUUUGCUAAUUGUGUAUGUGUGUGUGUUGAAAGAGGCCUUAGCUCCAGUGACACAAGGUAAUCGAAGGAGUCUGUUUCUGGCUCCAGGCCAGCAGAGGUCACCGCAGGCUUCCUUCCUGUGUCCUCUCUCUGGUGACCACACUUGGCUGUGUUCACAUCACUGGUUUCACCAUUGUCUUGAGCUGUUCAUUUCAAGGGCAGGCACAGAAAACGCCCAUGAAAAGGCCUUUUACAUGCUAAACCAAUAGAGGAUAAUAACCCAGGGACUGGGAAAGAAUGCAUGGUAUGUUGUAUAAAGCAGGUGUUUCAUUGACUGUCCGAUCAGGCAUUAUUCUCAGCCAUACUCUGAAUUGACUUGUGAUUUGGUGGCAACGUGCUCCAUUUUGAGCUUUGUCGUGAACUUUAAGGUUUACGUUCCUCUGGUACCAAAGGAGAACACAGAGUUGGUUCAAAGGUUAAGAUGGGAUAGGGUGGGUGGAUUAAUCUAACCAAAGACUGUAUUCAUUGAAUUUCUGCUUACAUAAUUAAUUUGUGUGCAUUCUAAGUUGAUGUCUUAAUUGCCUUUGUUUUGUUUCAAAUUUAUGUCCAGAAUAUUUUACCUGUAUGUGUUAUAUGUGCUUUGGCAUCAUCUGAUUGGUUUAUGCUUAUAUAAUGACACCAGUUUGAAAGAAGGCGUCACCGUGUACCUAUACUUGAAACACAGAUCAUCAUGUCUAGAAUCAACUAAAGACCUAAACGUAUUCCUUAUAUUUAAUGUUUGUUCAGCUUGUUUCCACAAUGGCUUCCUGGCCUGAAGUCAAGAGAGUUGUAGUGAAAAUAAAUUGCAUCAGCAUUGAGCAAAAUCUGCCAACCCGAGGUUUGUCCUGGGAACCGUACAUGUCUUAAAUAGUGUCCAUCAGUGAGCCUCGAGUGCAUGCAUCAUGACACUUCCCGCACUCUCUUUAAAUAAGGUUCCACUGUACUGGCAUGAUGGAAGAACCCCUCUCGCGGUACACAUGGGCCUGUCAGCAAUGGCUAAGGAGUCCCAACUACUUCAAGUAAAUCAAGUGCCUCUCGAGAACUGUGCCCUGGUCUUGUUAAUAGCCAUUUAAAUAGAAAGCAAUGUAAUCUAAAGGCCUGCUGGAACGCAUGGGAACCUCUGUCUCUGUCUCAGACUAGUGGCCAAGGCAUCACUGACUGGCUUUCACUGUGUCCAUCCCUCUGCUGUUUCCCAUUCUGUGUAUUUCAUCCUGCUGAACCUCUUUUUGUACUCAUGGUCUCAUUAAAUUGUCGGUUAACAGCAA